GUAGAGGAAAUGGUUUUUCUCGAGGAGGUAGUUUUGGUAGAGGACGAGGUUUUGGUAGAGGCCGUGCAGGGUCUCGUCGUGGUGGAUACAGAGGUGGUCGAGGCCGUGGUUACGGCGGUAGAGGCCAGUAUUCAAAUGAUCAAGGUGGUUCAAAAAACUUGAGAGGUGUUCCAAGUUUCCUGAGGAAGUAAAUUAUGCUAAACAGAUGUCUACAGAAAGUUCAGAAAGACAGUGCAGAGGUUCUGAUGAUUGUACCAUUAUGGCCGACUCAGGCAUGGUAUCCAGUUUUACUAGAAAUGUUGAUAGACUUUCCAAAAAUGUUGCCUCGAAAGAAAAGACUUCUGUCCAUUCCAGGAACGGAAAAGAUUCAUCCUCUUCACAAUCAGUUAAAGUUUCUUGCUUGUCGGUUAUCAGGAAAAAUUUGGAAAACCAAGGCAUUUCAGACAAGGCUUCCAAAAUCUUUUUGGCGUCUUGGCGAGACAGUACGAAAAAGCAAUACUCAACUUAUGUCAAGCAAUGGUUCCGUUUCUGUAGUAAAAGGAAAAUUGAUCCACUUCAACCAGCUUUAAAUGAAGUCUUAGAUUUUUUAACAGUGCUUUUUGAUAAAGGAUUAAGUUAUAGUACGAUAAAUUGUGCAAGAUCUGCAUUGUCAGCCUUAGGAAUAAUGUUUAAUGGAGUGACAGUUGGCUCUAACGCUACAAUCAUCAGAUUUUUAAAAGGUGUUUAUAAUUUGCGACCUUCAGAACCUAGAUAUAGUGAAACUUGGGACGUAUCUAAAGUUUUUAAUUUUUUACGGAAGUUAUCUCCCGUAAAGUAUAUUUCGUUGAAAGAUUUAACAUUGAAGUUAGUAAUGUUAAUUGUUUUAUCCACGGCUUGUAGGACACAGUCGUUGUUUUUGCUAUGUUUAGACAAUUUAGUUAAAGGAAAGGAUAGUUAUACUUUGUUUUAUUCAGGUUUAUUAAAACAGAAUAGACCUGGGUUUAAUGUACAUUUUGUUGAACUUUUUGCUUAUCCUCCAGAUAGGAGAUUGUGUGUUUUUACUGUUUUAAAAGAAUAUUUGAUGAGAACAGCUCAAGCUCGUAGUAAUAGUCAGAAACUUUUUAUAAGUUAUGUAAAACCGUUCGUUUCAAGAGAAACAAUUAGCAGAUGGAUCAAAACUGUGAUGUCAAAAUCAGGAAUUAAUUUAAAAUCUUAUUCUUCGCAUAGCGCUAGAUCAGCAGUUGUUUCUAAGGCUUUCCAUAAUCUGAUUCCUGUGGAAUGUAUUUUACGAAGAGCUGGUUGGACCAGUGAAAAGACUUUUGCUAAAUUCUACAAGAAGCCGAUCGAGUCAGAUGAACAACGUUUUCAGAGAGCUGUUCUGAGUACAUAG